UACAUGUGAACACUGCACAAGGCAUUAAUUUCUUUUACUAUAUAUAACGCCCCGCCCAAACACAACUUUGUGUAACAGUUUCUAUUGCACCAAAUGAUAUUCGUAUUCAAGAUGAUUACGUCGUUAAAUUAAUAUUACAAAAAUUAUAUAUAUAUUUCUACUAUAACAAUAAAAAUUUAAUUAAUAAUCAAUAUAAAAUUCAUCAGUAAAAGAAUUAUUUAAGAGGAAUCUUUAAAAUUUAUAAAAUGUCCAUUUUAGACGAGCGAGAGGAUUAUCUGAAGAAUCCCUUCUUUGUGAAGCAUGAAUAUGGUGAUUUUACACCAUUUUAUGUCACUGUCACUAUCUGUUCUCUACUAUUUGCAUUUUUGUGCAUUCUGAACAUUGGAUUUUGUUGUUCGCGCCAUCGAUAUUAUUGGCAGAGUCCUCAUACUGGGAACAGAUGGAUUCAACCAUUAUGGACAGUAUUACCGCAUAAAACACCACCUCUGGAUUUAACUGAAUUAGAACCAGGACGUGCUUUUGAGGCACAAGAGAAACAAGAAGUUUUACAAUAUCACGAUCCAAAGCCAUAUGGAACUGCACCACAAACACAAGAAUAUAUGGAGAUGCAAAAACGUGAGAGUGAAAUUUAAUUAAAUAUUAAUUUUGAUAUUUUAUAUAUAUAUAAGUGAACAAACAUUCAAAAGUCGAAUUCAAAUAUUCAAUUAAAAACACUGUACAAAUUGAUCUAUAUAUAAUAGUCAAAGCUGAAAAAUAGCUGUACAAAGUAAACAAAAACUAUACAUUUUUAAAAAUCAUAUCAAGAUGGGACUGCACAUUUUUUGGCCAGCAACCACUUGUUUAACACUUUUUGUUGUGUGUAUAAUAAUAAUCUUAUUAAAAUAUGGUUCACAAA